AUGACUAAGCAAUCUAAUCACCAUCCAAGCACAUAAUCCGGUACAAAACAGACUGAUGCAUGUUGAUAUGAGUGAUCCACAAAUCAUGAAACACAUACAACCCUCACAUGUCCAAUAUGACCCAUACCUGCCAUAGCCUCCGUAGACCCGGACCAUGAAACUUGUCAAGUCCCAACCAUGGCGCAACCCUGACACAGUCCUGGCCCAACUCAUCCAAUCUUGCGCCCGAACCCGAAACCUGGACCGGGGCAAACAGCUCCACGCCCAUUUGGUCGCCUCCGGCGCCACCCCCUCCACCUUCGUCGCCAACCACCUCAUCAGCAUGUACGCCAAAUGCGGCGAUCUCUAUCACGCCAUCGCACUGUUCGACAGAAUGCCUCAACGAAACCUCGUGACGUGGACGGCCAUGAUAUCCAGCUUCUCCCAGAAUAACAAGUUCGGCGAUGCCCUCCGGACCUUUUCCUCAAUGUGCGCCGCCGGCAUUAAACCGACUCAGUUUGCACUCUCCAGUGCGAUCCAAGCAUCGGCCUUUUUUGCCUCGUUGGAGUUUGGAAAACAGAUGCACUGUUUGAGCGUGAAGUUGGGUUACGAUGUGGAACUGUUUGUCGGAAGCAAUCUCGCCGACAUGUACUCGAAAUGUGGUUCUCUGGUUGAUGCCUGCCGGGUUUUCGAUGAGAUGCCCGACAAGGAUGAGGUGGCUUGGACUGCCAUGAUCGAUGGGUACACAAAGAAUGGGAGCUUCGAGGAGGCCAUUGUAGCUUUCCGCGAUAUGCUCCGCGGGGGGACGGUUGUCAUCGAUCAGCAUCUCCUUUGCAGCGUUCUGAGCGCAUGCGGAGGCCUGAAGGCCGGCAAAUUAGGCCGCUGUCUUCAUUCAUGUGUGGUGAAAUUGGGCUUGGAGUCAGACACUUUCAUCGGCAAUGCGCUCGUCAAUAUGUACGCAAAGGCGGGAGACAUGGAGAGCGCUUCGAGUGUGGUUGGAAUGAACUCCCAUGGCUGGAACGUGGUGUCUUGUAGCUCUUUGAUCGAUGGCUACGUCGAGAUGGAUCAAAUCGAGGAAGCUUCAAGAGCGUAUAUCUCUUCUCGAAGACAAGGAAUCGAGCCCAAUGAAUUCACUUUCUCGAGCAUGAUAAAGGCUUGCGCCAGCCAAGCAGCACUCGAGCAAGGGAUACAACUCCAUGCACAAGUGAUGAAAACCAGCUUCGUCAGGGACCUUUUUGUUUCUUCCACCCUCAUUGACAUGUAUGGCAAGUGUGGGCUUCUUAAUUCUUCGAUCCAAGUGUUUGAUGAGAUCCAACACCCCAGUGAUAUUUCCUGGAAUUCGAUAGUGGGUGUGUUUGCGCAACAUGGCCGUGGCAAGGAAGCAGUCAGAGCUUUGAACAGAAUGAUUUCCAGAGGGAACAAACCAAAUCAUAUUACAUUUGUGAGCCUCUUGAUGGCGUGCAGCCAUGCCGGACUGGUUGAGGAGGGACUGGAGUACUUCUAUUCUAUGAACAAGACUUGUGAUAUUGAGCCCAGAGAAGAGCAUUACGCUUGUGUCAUAGACAUGCUUGGUAGAGCAGGAAGACUGGAAGAAGCACGAGAAUUUAUCGCCGGAAUGCCGUUCGAGCCUAAUGCUUAUGGGUGGUGUUCUUUGCUCGGAGCUUGCAGGACUCAUGGGGAGAAGGAGCUGGGUGAGUUGGCUGCAGAGAAACUGAUGAAACUUGAGCCAGAGAACAGUGGGAUCCACAUCCUGCUCUCGAGUAUAUACGCCUCGAUGGGUCAGUGGGAGGAUGUGAAGGCUGUGAGGAAGCUGAUGAGGGAUAGCAGGGUGAAGAAAUUGCCAGGAUUCAGCUGGGUUGAUGUCAAUAAUAAGACCCAUAUGUUCGGAGCUGAGGACUGGUCACACCCACAGAAGGAGGAGAUUUAUGAGAAGCUUGAGGAGCUUAUGGUUAAGAUAAGGAAAGCAGGGUAUGUUCCCUUCACAGGCUCUAUGCCAUGCAACCUGGAAGAGAGUUUAAAGGAGAGGCUGCUGCAUCAUCAUAGUGAAAGGAUUGCAGUUGCAUUUGCUCUCAUCAGCAUGCCAGCAACAAAGCCUAUAAUUGUGAAGAAGAAUUUACGAGUUUGCGUGGACUGCCAUUCUGCAAUCAAGCUCAUUUCUAAGGUAGAAGGGAGGGAGAUCAUUGUUAGGGAUAAUGCAAGAUUCCACCAUUUUGCAGAUGGAAUGUGUUCCUGUGGAGAUUAUUGGUGAUUUUAUGGUACUCAUAUGCCCUGAGUGCAUAGCAACAGUUCUAACGAUUCUUUUCCUCUUAUAGAUGAUAACAUUAUUGAGAAAGGAUGCAGCAAUUACAAAGACUGAUUGGUUCCUCUUGUAUCAGCUGAAGUAAUAUAUUUUGGCUUCUCUUUUCGAUGUUCGAAGUUAACUUUGUAUGCUGCAUGCUCGAUAUCAGACAUCCAGGUGAUUGCUCAAAAAGUAUAAUCUAUAAGAAUGUAAAGCAGACAGUUGGUGUACCAUAAGGGACAAAGAAUCUUUAAUAACCUCAACCAACUGUGCUUUUUAUUUAGAUCAGAUAGGAGAAAGAAAAUUUUA